AUGGCUGGUGUUGAAGUAGAUCUACCACUACUUCAAGCCUGGAAGGUCGGACUUGCGUUUUUUUUCUUUGCCAUCUUCGACGUUUAUGGUUCCAAAAUUGUGUGUCUCGACGAGGACGACAGUUCUGCCGUACUCGCAGACGACGAAAGGUGUAGCGUUUUUUUUUUUUUGGACGUAAGUACAACUCGCAUUGCAAUUUUAUUGACCAACUGCACGAUUUUUUUAUUUCAAGGGAGGCACUGCUCCAACUCCUACAGAAACGAGUUUCGAUUUCGAGUUUCAAAGUUUCAUCAUGGAGGCACGACAACGGCGUAAAUGUUAAAGAGCAUCUAUGCUGCACAGUAGUAUUCUUGAGUAGCUACCUAACAGUAUGAUCGCAAUCGAAUCAACUGAUAGAAGCCCAGGCAUUGUAGAUAAAAGUUAUUUGGGAAAAUUGACACGACACGACAGUAAAAAAUGAACAUCGAUCGUUGUAGUUCUCUGCAUGACACACUGCAACAAAUAAAAAUAGUAUUAUUUUGAUGUGCACUCUCGUUAGUAUAGGUUGUCCGAUGAGCAAACAACUUCUCUAUCAAACUACAGUAAGAAAAUGAUGUGAAGAUUUUGAAACUGGUUUGCGAGGUAGAAGAUUAAUUUUGGAACUCCAAAUAAUUUCACGAUAUCUAGUACUAGGUGCGGCCGCCAGCUGUAGCUCCUGAAUCAUCCCACUUUCUCACUGCACGCGAUUUUCGAGUAUGGCUUGAUUUCGAAUCGCAAACACGCAGUGAUGAGUGCGGAACCUGGUGCAGUACCGGAUGCCUUUCCUCUUCAGAAGCUAAAAUUUUAUGUGCGAGUGCCGCAGCAGGAACAAAAAAAGCCAUAGACGAGGAGUUCUAUUGUGUAGUGUAUUGGUCUACGACUACGAAUAUGUCUCGCUACUAUGUACUGCAACUUUAGUAUAUAAAUCUAUGCAGGUAUGAUGCAGCGAAUAAAAAAGCCAUAUCACUCGACGAAUUUGUGUCAAUCUGAACCAGCAUUUGCUCCUUGUUCUCCUAAGGCUGUAUGACCUAGGCCGUAGGUGGACGUAAGCACUAAAGCUACCGUGACAUGAAAUGAUUAUGAGAGGGGGUAGUCAUCUCCACUAGAAAUAGAAUUCUAUGUUGCUCUAUUGCACGAUGGGAUGCAAAAAAUGCACACGUCUUUUCCUUUUUGAAGUUUCAAAAGAAAGUUUCGCUUCCGAGUUUUGCGAAUGCAAAUCAGGGCACAUUCCGAUUUAUUUUUUUGCAAAAUGCAAUGCUAAACGUAAAAGUUUCUGAAUAAACAAAAACAUGAAUUUCAUACGUAAUAUCCAGGUGAACCUCUCCACGGUUGUGCUAGCGGCGCUUACUGUUUAUUAUGCCAUUCCGAAUGUUCAGACAGUUCCAGUUGCAGUUCUCAUCGUGGCUUUCGGUUGGCUGUAUCAAGACGUUUUACUGACAGCGGCACAGCAGGGUGAAAAGGUGGGCGUUUUUCUGGGCGGGAGUGACGUUGUCCGCGCUGUAGUAUCUUCUAUUGUACCACCGCAGCUCUUGCUCUUCAAGAUCUAAUUCUAUGUCUAUCUCUUAAGGGUGGUCGCGUCGUGGUCUAAUUUUGCUUUCUGCACAAAAUCCUGUGGUUGUGGACUCAACUACUUACACAUCUUCACGGCAACAUGAAUCAAUACCUAAACCUGUACGAUGAUAUCAUGAACCUCGUGUAGUACUUCGCCAUGAUUCAUCUCAGAACAAAAGAACGGCAUGCACCACAUCAUCUCUCUCACGAAAUAAAGGAUAAUUGGGAUACAAAUCACAGGUAGAAGUCGUAGUCUGCAAAAACGUAUCUCACCCAUAGCUAUAAACUGACUGGAGGACGUAUAAUCUUCUUCGAUUUUUUGUCACCGUCACGAAUCGGGAAAAAAAACAAACAGGGACAGUAAAGCUAACUAGAAGCAAACUAUUCUGUGAAGAGUUUGUUGUUAUCUGCUCACGCACAUGCCUGCAAAAAGGCUGCUGGGCUAACGACUACUCCCCACCUGUUUACGACGUAGAGGUUGGAUGCUAAAAAUUCUUCCUUUUUGCGGUUUAUUUACUGAUGAGCUUUCCUGUCGGGGAUGUUGACCAAAAGCGGACCCUACUGCACUCAACUUUGCUGAGGACAGAUUGUCUAUACGCUUGUGAUGCCUGCUACUCUGACUUUUAGCAAAAGCAACCGGCCCGGAGCGUAUUCUCCAUGAUCUAAGUAAGUGGUAGUGGACACCGCGCGAGCCGCCGCUGCUACUUCUCAGCUCCCGGGCGAUAUGAGAAGUUUAGGUUCCAACCACCCAGCGUUCGUUGCGUUUGAUGAUAUUCGGCAACGCUGUGAUAUAGUUUUUGGAGAAAAUAAAAAGAAAAUAAAGGAAGAAUACGAAUACUAUGUAUGCAACGAAGUUUAAGUAGUGCAAGUGGAUACAACUACUCUAGUAAAGACAAACCAAAACAAACUCGCGGGCUCGACGCACGACCGCACUACACACUAGAAAUAAAACUUCUUCUCUUCGGUUUCGAAAUUCAAGCCUCGAAGAUAGAGGGAGCUGUCACUACACGUAAACUGCAGAAGAUGCUGAUGCAAAAAGCCACUGUAUGACGACGUACUGCGGACCUAACAAACUGAAGUAAAAGAAGGGCUGUUGCUAUACUAAACUUCUCUGAUGAAGCAGCCUUUGAAGAUGUAGACGAGCAAUUUUUUUCCAAAAUACCACAUGAUCAAGAAAAAUGUCCCUGGACAACCAGCACCACGGACAGGGAGCAAAUCCGAAUCAGAUAAAGGCGCUGCUGCGCCCCUCAAGCAGGGCCGUUGAGUGUUCUCUCUUUGAAGUUAUACAUCUUUAGUUGUUUUUCUUUUUGUACUUCUUCUAUGGUGGAG